UGCUGGGGAGUACGGGAGGCCCUUCUUCACUGGGGUGGUUUUGAUGAGAAAAGGCGAAUUUAGAGAAAUGGGGGAAGGAAGGAGGGACCCUGUAGCGGGUAAAACGGGCACUGGAUGGGGGAAGGCAUCGCCGCAAACCUCGGGGACCUCACAGUGAAGCAUAUGUGGAGGCCAAGGGUGCUACGGACAGAAAGAAGUAAUGAGAUUGAGGGCUUCUUGAUUAAAGGGGACCUAUUUCUGGUACAAAAAUAAGAAACUACACCUAAUUGGGUAGUUUCCCUCGCAGCCCUGUUCACUAAGUCCUUCAAAAUAUGAAAUAGUCACCGAGGCAAUCUGUUCACUGUAGCAGACGCUGACUGCCAACAUGUAUAAACCGGUGCUGAUUAGCUUUUAUGCCUCAACAUAGACAAGAGAUGGGUUUUUCUCAUUAUUUCAUUCUUUGUAGCUGCUUGCUUCCAAAAAGAAUUUGAGGCUGAUGAGUGAUUUAAGAAAGAGUCGACUAAAUUGCGAAUGUCUUCCCUCGGUCGUAAAUACCUAUUGAAUGGUCUAGUUAGUCCUUUGAAGUCAGUCUUAACUAGGCAAGAUGAAGAUGGCAUAUCUGAAGCAGAAUUGAAAAUUGAGGAAAAAGAAGUUUUAAAAGAACCUCCUAGCAUCUUGGACUCAUCUGAUUUAACAAAAGAGAGACACAUCUCAAUUCAAAGGCAGCUUGCUGAUCUAGAGAAGUUAGCUUUUGUAACUGAAGGAGAUUUUGAUUCUACCAGUUCAUUGAACUCCAAUAAUCUUGAUACAGGAAAUAAGCAGAUCUGUCCAUUGUGCCCAAAGGAAAAAUUCAGAGCUUGUAAUAGCCAUAAGCUUCAUCGUCACCUUCAAAAUUUACACUGGAAAGUCUCAGUUGAAUUUGAAGGUUACAGAAUGUGCAUCUGUCACUUACCUUGUCGACCAGUGAAACCAAACAUUAUUGGAGAACAGUUAUCCAGUAAAAUGGGUGCCCAUUAUCAUUGUAUCAUUUGCUCGGCAACAAUCACCAGAAGGACCGAUAUGCUAGGACAUGUUAAGCGCCAUGUGAAUAAAGGAGAGACCAAAUCCAGGUAUAUUGCAGCUUCUGCUGCUAAACCACCAAAUGAAAUUUUGAAAGAGGCAGACACAGAUGUACAAGUAUGUCCUAACUAUUCUGUGCCACAGAAAACAGAUUCCUAUUUUAAUCCCAAAAUGAAACUAAAUCGGCAGCUCAUAUUCUGUACACUGGCUGCUUUGGCUGAGGAGCGAAAACCUUUGGAAUGUCUAGAUGCCUUUGGAGCUACUGGGAUAAUGGGACUGCAGUGGGCAAAACAUCUCGGAAAUGCGGUCAAGGUCACAAUUAAUGAUUUGAAUGAAAACUCUGUGACAUUGAUUCAGGAGAACUGCCAUUUAAACAAAUUGAAAGUAGUGGUGGACAGUAAGGAAAAGGAAGAGAGUGAUGAUAUUCUUGAAGAAGGAGAGGAAAACCUUGGUAAUGUAAAAGUGACCAAAAUGGAUGCCAAUGUACUAAUGCAUUUGAGGUCUUUUGAUUUCAUACACCUAGACCCUUUUGGAACAUCAGUGAACUAUCUAGAUUCUGCGUUCAGAAAUAUAAGAAACCUUGGCAUAGUGUCAGUGACUUCUACAGAUAUCAGUUCCUUAUAUGCCAAGGCACAGCAUGUUGCCCGGCGUCACUACGGCUGUAACAUCGUCCGAACUGAAUAUUACAAGGAGCUGGCAGCCAGAAUUGUUGUAGCUGCAGUGGCAAGAGCUGCAGCUCGAUGUAACAAAGGCAUAGAGGUGCUAUUUGCAGUGGCUCUGGAACAUUUUGUGUUGGUUGUUGUGAGAGUUUUGAGGGGACCUACUUCUGCAGAUGAAACAGCCAAGAAGAUUCAGUACCUAAUCCAUUGUCAGUGGUGUGAAGAGAGAAUUUUUCAGAAGGAUGGUAAUAUGGUAGAAGAAAACCCAUAUAAACAGCUACCGUGUAACUGUUAUGGCAGCAUGCCUGGAAAGACAGCAAUAGAACUUGGACCUCUAUGGUCGAGUUCCCUUUUCAAUACUGGAUUCCUCAAAAGAAUGCUAUUUGAAUCUCUUCACCAUGGUUUAGAUGACAUUCAGACCCUAAUAAAGACAUUAAUCUUUGAGUCAGAGUGCACUCCUCAAAAAGAAUGUGGAGUACUUAAAACUACAGAUGAUACCACAGCAGAAAACCAUAUUGCACAAGGAAAGAGAAAAAGUAAUGAAGCAAUCACAAAUUUAGCCAAGAAGCAAAAGACCGAUGUCAGUACUGAACAUCCUCCCUUUUAUUAUAACAUCCACAGACACAGCAUUAAAGGGAUGAAUAUGCCAAAGUUAAAAAAGUUUUUGUGCUAUCUUUCUCAAGCAGGCUUUCGAGUAAGCCGAACUCAUUUUGACCCAAUGGGUGUUCGUACAGAUGCACCUCUAAUGCAGUUUAAAUCUAUCCUUUUAAAGUACAGCACUCCCACUUACACCGGAGGACAGUCGGAGGGCCAUGUUCAAUCAGCAGCUGAAGAUACAGUAGCUAACAGGGUUGAAAUGUCAGUGAAUGACAAAGCAGAAGCAAGUGGUUGCAGAAGAUGGUAAAUGUAAAGAAAAAUUUACUCCCAGAUGUCUGAAUUAAUGGCCUAAUAGUUCUCUAUACCAGCUGUAGUGCUUUUUCUAUUCUUUCAAUUCAGUGGUGUAAAAAUAAAAAAACAGUGCUGUUUUCAUUCAGAAAAUUAGCAGUUUCUAACUUAGCUGGCUUGGGAACUGUGCUUUCCAAGUUUUUAUUUUAAAGAAAACUUCAAAUUUUAGUAAAACAUUACAUAUGAAGCCAAGUUUAUGACUGAGAUCACCCACCCUACUGUUUAAAAUAACUCAAAAAAUUUUCAAAUGCAAAGUGUUUGGAAUUUUAUGUACGUUAAUGUGUUAAGACAUCCUUUAUUUAAUCUCAUCUCAAACUGAUUUGUGCUGUUUAUAUUUUUUUGUUUGUAGUGUAUAAGAUUAAGCCAGAGCCUUUUAUUAAAAUGACCCUAAAUUGAAUAUUGGAGGAACAAAGUCCUUUUAAGUCACUAAUGGAUUAUUUCACAAUUACAAGCUAAAAUAUGUUCCUGAUUUUAAGAAAUCAUACCUCAUACAUUGAUCUUUUAAUUUAUUACUAGUUUUUGAGAAAUUAAAUACUUGCCUAAGAUAGAAAUACAUUUUUCUUUUAAGUUUAACAUCUAGUUAACCGAACUUCAGAGUAAGAUUUUGUUAAAUUGAGACCAUUGUUCUAAUAUAAUAAUGGUUCACAAGCACUAAAUUCUGAAGAGGAGAAAUUUUGUUAUGAAUUAAGCAGGUUGGGUGAUCUCAAAUGUUUUCAGUUAAUGCACGUACAAUAUUCAUUUGCUUGGUUGUGCUACCUCUCAGGAGUAAAAUUUAAGAAAUUUAUGAAGUGAGAAUUUUUUUGGUUUUAGAGUGGUUUGUUUUGUGUUGUUUGAUUUUUGGUGUGUGUAUGUGCUAGGUUUUGUAUAAGUAGCCCAGGCUAAUAUGACUAUGAAAAUUAGUUGGAAAAAAUCUUGUUUCCAUUAAUAAAUACUGUUCUUGCUUUAUUUGAAUAUAAAAAUUUGGAUGAAAAUAUA